GUGGUUGCAAAUGCUGUUACAGCGCUUGCAGAAAUAAACGAAUCUUCUUCUACCAAAGAUAUUUUUAUAAUCAAUACACCAACACUUACAAAGUUAUUGGUGGCUCUUAAUGAAUGUACAGAAUGGGGUCGGAUAGCUAUUCUUACUGCACUGGCUGAAUAUAAACCUGCAGACUCUAAAGAAGCUGAACAUAUUGUUGAACGUGUUGUUCCACAAUUUCAACAUGUAAACGGAAGUGUAGUAUUGUCUGCAAUUAAGUUAUUUCCUUUAUAUUUAGUUACUUUAUUGGCAUCUGAACCUGAAGUUCAAUAUGUUGCCUUAAGAAACAUCAACAUUAUAUUGCAAAAACGUCCUGAAAUUUUAGCAAAUGAAAUGCGUGUCUUCUUUUGCAAAUAUAAUGAUCCACCAUACGUAAAACUUGAAAAACUUGAAAUUAUGAUCAAGUUGGCUAAUGAAAAAAAUAUUGACCAAUUAUUAUCGGAAUUAAAAGAAUAUGCAUCUGAAGUAGACGUUGAUUUUGUAAGAAAAUCUGUUCGAGCAAUUGGACAAUGUGCCAUCAAGAUUAGUGAAGCCUCGGAAAGAUGUGUUAAUGUUUUGUUAGAUUUGAUUAAUACUAAAGUUAAUUAUGUAGUUCAGGAAGCGAUUGUUGUUAUCAAGGACAUAUUUCGAAAAUAUCCACAUAAAUAUGAAGGAAUUAUUCCAACAUUAUGCCAGAAUUUAGAUGCAUUAGACGAGCCAGAAGCAAAAGCUUCUUUAAUUUGGAUUAUUGGUGAAUAUGCUGAGAGAAUUGAAAAUGCUGACGAAUUAAUUGUUACAUUUUUGGAUACAUUCCGGGAUGAAAAUUCUCAGGUUCAAUUACAGUUGGUUACCGCAACCGUCAAACUUUUCCUCAAAAAACCACAAUCAACACAAAAUAUUGUACAACGUGCUUUACAGACCGCCACGUCCGAAUGUGAUAAUCCUGACAUCAGAGAUCGUGCAUAUAUUUAUUGGAGAUUGUUAUCGACAGAUCCUCAGGCUGCCAAGGCUUCUCGAGAGUCACCGAUCCAGGCUCAAACUAAAACAAAUAUUGAGAAUCUAUUGGAUUUAGACUUUAGUGAUACUACAACUCCUGUUACAACCACAUCAUCUCUUCCGUCAUCCUCCAUGUCUUUCACGCCAACUGCCAAUGUGGACGAUUUAUUGGAUUUGUUUAAUGACAAUAGUAUAACGUCUACGCAAUCUUCUAAUCAUCAAAAUAAUGGUUUGUCAAAUGAUUUGGUGAAUUUGUUUUGA